AUGAAGUUUGGCAAAUACUUGGAGAGACACCAAGUGUCAGAAUGGAAGAAGAAAUAUGUUUAUUAUAAACUAUUCAAGAAACAGAUCAAAGCAAUAAGGAGAGCAUCAUUCUUAUCUGAUAAUAUUAGUGUUACAGGUACAUUAAAGAAGAAGUUCAAGAAUAUAGUAUAUCCAGAUCAUGGUAUUGAGUUGGAAAGAGUCGCACAACAACUUGGACAGAGUGGAGAUGCCAUUGGCAGUGGAGGAGGAGGAAGUGGAGGCGGAGGUGGAGUUGGUGAGGGUGUAGAGACAUCAUCAUCAACAUCACCACCAACUGCAACUGCAUCUUCCACGGGUACAGCGACUGCUACUUCCAACAAAGCGAUGGAUGCAGAGAUUAGGAAGUUUGAACAAAUGCUAAAUGAUGAAUAUGACAAGGUCAACAACUUUUAUAAGGAGAGUGAAGAGGAGUUCAUUAGACAAUUCACAUUGAUUCGUGAGAUGUUAUUACAUCUACCAGACAAGAAACAAAGAGAGAGGUCAGGUUCGAUUAGUCUCUCAAAGUUGGAUGCUUCCUCCUCACAUCCAAACCUACUCUCAAGUUUGUUGACCAGGCGUGCUCAUGCCAAGUCAUCCCCCAGAAUACGUUCCACCUCCUCACCAAUGCCCUCUCCAUACCUUGGUCAACCAAACAUUGAGCACUCAAUUGAGGAGCUCAUUCAGCCAGCCAAGAAGCAAUCAGACGCACGAUCAGCUGAGACCUUCACAUUCAAACUCAAACCGACAAAGAUCAAACGAUCACUCAAGAGAGCACUACAGGAGAACUAUAGAGAGAUAGAGAUAUUGAAGGAGUAUGUCAACUUGAAUCAUACUGCAUUCAGGAAGAUAUUCAAGAAGUUUGACAAGACACUUGGUACACAAAAGAGUGAUGAGUUCAUGGACCGUACUCAAUCACAAUACUUCUACACAUCCAAGAAGAUCAAUGCAAUCGAGCACGAGAUUGAGGUACUAUUUACCGAUAUAUAUAAUGAGGGCAAUAGACGAGAGGCUAUGAAUAAGUUGAGAGUGAAUCAAGACUAUCAGACGCCGGCUCAUAUUGUUUUCCAGACUGGAUUCCUCACUGGUGCCUCAAUCAUUCUAUUUAUAUUCUGUGUUCGAUACAUGGUUGGAAAUGUAUCCAUAUUCAGAUUCGACAGUCCAACUCCCAUUGACUUCCUAUCAAUGUUUAUACUAUUUAGAUGUUUGCUAUUGCCUAUUGUAAUGCUUUGGUACUUUGGUGUACUAAUGUAUGUUUGCAAAGGCAAGAAGAUCAAUGAUAUACUUAUCUUGGAGUGGGAUCCUAGAACAGAGACCAACUACCAACAUAUUCUCCGACUCGCUAGCGCUUUAACAUUCCUUUGGAAUGUUGCAUUGUAUUUAUAUGUAUACCUUGGUACACAUGUCAGCGGACGUGUUCCAAUCAUAUUCCCAUUCCUACUCUUUGUCAGUGCACUACUCUAUCUAUUCUGUCCAUUCAAUAUAUUCAAGAGAUCAAGCAGACAUUGGCUCAUUCACACUUUUGGAAGAAUGUUAUGUGCACCAUUCUUGGCAGUCAAGUUCAAGGACUUCUUCCUUGGUGAUCAGUUCACAUCAUUGGCAUUGGUACUCAGUGACUUUGAGUACACUCUAUGUUACUUUGUUCAUGACUUUUGGUACCAAAACAACACAUGUUGGUCAAUCAAUCCUUAUAUUCGUCCAAUCCUCAUCUCCAUACCGCCACUCAUUCGUGCACUUCAAUCACUACGUCGUUAUCGAGAUUCCAAACAACGUAUACAUAUGCUCAACUUUGGAAAGUACUGUGCCACCAUCACAGCCACAACAGCAUCAGCAAUCGCUCAUUCUGGACUAUCAAAGGGUGGAGCAUAUAUCCCGUUGAUAGCAGUAUGGAUCCUCUUGUUAUGUGUUAGUUCACUAUAUGGAUGCUCCUGGGAUUUCAUAAUGGACUGGGAUGUCCUACAUCGAGACAGUAGGAAUUUCAUGCUUCGUGACAAGUUGGUUUACUCUCACAGAGGUGUCUACUACUUUGCCAUUGUGUCCAACAUUGUCCUCAGAGCAUCAUGGGCAGUCAACCUCUCCUUUGAAGCUUACUCAUCAAGGGAGAAGGAGUUAAUAGUUCUAAUUACAGGAUUGUUAGAGGUCACAAGGAGAUUCCAAUGGAAUUUCUUCCGUCUAGAGAAUGAACAUCUUAAUAAUGUAGGCAAGUUCAGAGCAUUCAAUUUGAGACUGCCAGAGAUGUUCCCAACAGAUUACAAUCCUUUGAGUACAUCUGUUGAGCGUAGUCAUGACCAACAGCCUCUUCAACAACAAUCAAUAUCAAUGUCCAAUCAACAACAUGCUGCUUCUGGAAGUGGCGAACCAGCCAAUCCUCCACCUCCUCCAACUCCUCAGAUCGAAACUGGAAGUAUCAUCGCACCUUUAGACGACAAGCAUCAUCAUCCAGAUUCACUCAAGACUGAAUAA